CUUGUUUCGGUUUAAAGCAAAGUGAAAUACGCCUCUUACAAUUUCUUCAAUGAAAAUAGUAAACGAACUAUUUAUUUAUUGUUGUUGAUAUCUAUUACGUACUCAAAUUACAAUAAUUACGCCAAAAAUGACUAGAAGAAAAGUGUUCGCAGUGAAAACGAAGUUCCAAAUAACGAAUAAACUAAUUUAAUUCGACUUUUAUUCCGCGUAAUCUGUGAUGCAUUUAGAUUGAAGUGUACCUAUCCGCAAUAACAAAACUGUAAACUGAAAUGUUACCCGUUUUACUUUUUAAUAACAUGGAAGGGAGUUCUAAUUCGCUAAAUAACAACGGUAAUAACGCUUUCGGACAAUUAUACGACGAUAAUGUAAUUUUAAAUUCUGUUAGGAGUCGUAAAAAGGUGUCUGAGACGGCUAGUUGCCCGGUUUGUAGCUGUACUAUUAGGCAAGGUGAGCUGGAGUCACAUUUGAACUUAGAAUUGGAUCGGUUGUAUAAGCUUUCAAAUGGUGGUAAUAAAAGGAAACUGAGUGUGAAUAGUUCAAGUAAUAGUAGCUUUAACCCUUUACCUGGAUCGAGUACGGAAGAAGUGGCUGACGACCAGGAAGUGGACGUGUCAGGAUGCCCGGGAAGCGAUGUUUAUCAGCGAGUCCACUCUAACCGCCUCCAACGCCUUCGCGCCAGACGGCGAGGCUCCCCUCCUCCAGCCACAGGCGAGUGUCCCGUCUGCAACCUCAACAUGCCCACCUCGAAACUGCAGAGACACGCCCUCCGCUGUUUGAAGAGGACAGGGGCAGCGAUAGAUGAAGAUGUGCCAGAUUCCAGCUCUGAUGAAAGCAUUGAUGUUGAGAACGACUCGCCAGGCGGGUUCGGCGCGGAGUACCAGUGGUGCGGCGAGUGGCGCGUGCGCGCGGCCGCGCUGCAGGGCGCCGACGCGCGCGCGGCCACGUGCGUGCGCCGCGUCUCGCACGACCAGGCCUUGGUUGUAGAUGGUGAUGAGGACACGGAGCUGUACGGACCACCUCAAUACUCGCCUUCGAGAAUAGCAGCCGAUGCCGAGAUCACACCGCCAGAACAACCGUCUGAUGAGCAUCCAAGCUCGGAGAACGGGGUCAUAGAGAGAGUUGUCUCCGAUGUACGCAUUAGCUUCACCGAUCCUGAGCCGGUGCGGGACAAACCAAAUGGGCUGGUGGAAGCCAGUGCAGAGACUAGGAUACAAGCAUUGAAAGCCAGGAUAAGAGAAUUAGAAAGAAAGCAGAACAGCGCUUCAGAUGCCAAGUGUCUAAUCUGCCUCGGGGCCUACUCGUCGCCCGCCGUCUCCAUACAGUGCUGGCACGUCUACUGUGAGGUAUGCUGGCUAGAGUCACUCAAAGCUAAGAAGAUAUGCCCUCAAUGCAACGCCAUCACGACCGCACAACACUUGAGAAGAAUCUACAUGUAAACAUUUUUAGGGUUCCGUACCCAAAGGUUAAAAACGGGACCCUAUUACUAAGACUGCUGUCCGUCUAUCUGACCGUGACAGUUGAAAUAUUCACAGAUGAUGUAUUUCUGUUGCCACUAUAACAACAAAUACUAAAAAGUACGGAACCCUCGGUGCGCAAGUCCGACUCGCACUUGGCCGGUUUUUUUUUGUUUUGACUUGUUCAUGUGCGUUUUCUUUUGUGCACAAUAUUAUAAUUAUAUUUUUUUUCCAUCCAUACUCAAAAGAGUUACGAAACAAUCUUAGGGGCAACUAUUUUUACAGAUGUUGCAUAAUUAUUUUCCAUCGUAUUUUUUCACGGAAACGUACGAACGUGUCUUGCUAUUUCAGUCAGUCUCGGUACAAAAAGUACUGAGGUUGACUGAAGUAGCAUGACAAAUACGAACGUUUCCGAGAAAAUACGAGGGAAAACAGUUAUACAUCUGUACUAUGGCUUAUGUACUGGCUCGCACUAAUAAAUAUGCGAGUACGAACGAGAUGCAUAGAAAGUAACCUACGUUCUCGAUAGCGUUUGUCAGUUCCAAACUGGGGGCCGUUUCUCAAAAUCUUGUAACUUGUAAUACAAGUGGAAGUCCCUUUCUAACAAAAGCUUGUAUUACAAGUUACAAGCUUCUGAGAAACGGGCCCCUGGUGGUAGCCACACUUGUAUCUAUACUAUGAUUUUUUUAAAUAUAAACUGAGAUCACAAGAUUUUAAGCCAUUUUAUUGAGUGUUAACAUAAUCAAUGUUACAUAUCGCAUAUACAAUAAUUACAGUUUGAUCGGCUAAUUUAUUAAUCAUCCUGAAUUUUAUUUUGAAAUUGGGACAAUCAACCUGUAAUUUUUGUAUCUGGGAUGUAUAACUUGGCAAGCCAACUUUGUCAGUAGACAAAUCCAAAUUUUAAAAAUGUAUGCGUCUAAGGUUUGACCACUGGUUUGACCCAAUACAAAUUUUCUACUGACAGACCUGGCUUGCCAGAGUAUAAAAACAUUACCGUCCGUAGCAGUAGCUCCAACAUAUGAUUUUGUCCAAUAAAGUGUGCUGGUUGUUGAUUUUGCUCAAAAUCCAUUAUAAAAUUACGUUUUCGUCAAAAGUCUGAUUAUUAUUUAUUGGCGCUCGAUUUCAAACAUAGUAAAUGUAAGUUAAUUAUGGUGAAAUAUUUAUGCAUGUCAAAUGUUGGUUUUUAUUAGGGCCAAUUAAGAAAAAUGGACGCAUAGAACUAACCCAAAAUAUAUAUAAGCCUAAACUACAAGAGACAUGCAAUUUUAACUUUUACCAAACCAUGUCUAAUUCUUAAGGGAAAUCCAAUUUAUUUGUAUUGAGAAUUAUUUAAUUGGUUUAAUGUUUUUAUUUCCUUUUAAAUAAGUCCUACUGAAGUAUAUGUAUAAUGAAAGCGUUCUGUGAAGAUAAUAUGUACAAUAAGUAAGAAGCUGUAAAUAAAAAUAUUUUUAUUA